AUGCAUCUCCGCACAACGACAUCGCUUCUCCUGCUCACCUUCACCUUCGCACUGGUCGGCGUGGAGGGUAAAACCCAACGAGUGGGCGACGAGUGCAAUUGGAAAGUGAACUGCCAAUCGCACGCGGACGGUGCGGGCCCAAGUUGGGCCGGUGGCGCCAUCACCUGCGCCGUGCCCGCUGACAAUAAGCCCGAAGCUUGCGGCUCAAACGACGGGCGCAGGAGCGAUUUCUAUGGAACCUGUAAAGCGGUCGGCACGCUCGAAGCGAACGAGUACGGUUGCGGUUGCGGCGUUCACGGCGGCGAUUGUCCUAGCACCAGCCCCUUCAGUCGCAUCUUUUGGCCCCAGAACUGGCUCAAGAACGCCUGGGGUCAUUAG